AUGUUUUGGAUUAUUAAGUAUUCUUUACUUUUUUUAAUUAUGUAUAUAUCUAGAAUUAAAUAGAUGUGGAGUAACUAUAAUAAGGGAUAGAGAAUUAAUUGAUAAUGAAUUGGAAUAUCAUAAAUAAAUUAAUUAUGGAUUAUGGAUAAUCCUAAUUCCUUUCUUGUAAUUAAAUUAUUGAAUUUAGAGCUUUGUUGUUACCAAUCUUUACUUAUAAAACAAGAACUGACAAUAAUGGACAAAUGUUAAAGAGUUCAUAUCUUAAUAAAGUAGAAAUCUUGAAACAACAUAAAAAUAAAAAUUACAAUUAAGAUCACCAAGUAAGUAAAAAGGAAGAAUUUGUUUAAACAGAUUUUGAUACAUAUUACAAUUAUGUGAUGGUUACAUAAGAUAAUAAAGGAGAUUUAAAAGAAGUAGGUUAAGAUCAAAUCUAAGCAGAUAUCAAUUAAAAUAUAUUAACUGAUCAUUUUUAGGAUAAUAAAUAUUACUAAUUAGAGAAUACUUAGCAGUUUCUUUUAUAAUAAAAUGAUAAAUAGAAUAAUGAUUUAGUCUUAAAUAGUUUAAGUUAUAUCUCCCAUAAUAAUUGUUAUGAUACAGAAAGAAAGUCCAUAACUUUAAAUUCCAAAAUCUUUCAUACUUAUUCUAAUAGUUAUUAAAUGAAAGAUUUGAAUCAAACUUAAGAAAAGAGGCUAGAAUCAUAUUUAUAAUUAUCAAAAAUAUUAUAAAUUAUUGAUGCAGUCCCAUUGAUUGUAUUGAAGUAAUAUGAAGAAUUCAUGAUUAAUAACAGAAAAGAAAGAAGAAAUUUAAUUUACAAAGAUUUGAAUACAUUAACAGAUACAGAUGCCUAGAAUUAUAUUGAAUUACUUAAAAUAUUAUUUACAUUUCAUGAAAAUUUGAUUAGAAAAGGUUAAAAAUAUUAUAUCAUAAAAAAUAAAAUGAACUAUAAACACUUUAUUAAAUCAUUUAAUAAUUAUUUAUUAGAUCCUAUGACUUCAAAUGAAAUUUUAAGUCACUAAAGAUUUGCUCUUCAAUAGUUAAAAUUUUCCUUACAUAAACGUUAAGUGCUAUUGUAAUAUUAAGUCUUAGAGAUCUAUUAAAUUCUAAUUAAUUUAAUGAAUAAUCCUAAUGAAAUACUUAACAAAAUAUUUGCUUAAUUUAAUAAUUAGUCAGAAUCAGUCUAUUUAUAUUCAAUACUAUAAUAUUAUUUGGAAGAUUAUGUAUAUUAUCAAUAGAAAAUAGAAGAUGAAGACUUUCAAAGAUACUUAAGUAAAUAUUCUCUAUUAUUUUAGAAAUCUAUUAUAAUUGUAAUGAAAUAAUCAAUAUGUAAUAUAGUCUCGACGAAGGGAUAAAUCAAUAUAUAUAUUAAAAAUAAAGACUACUAAAUUAAAAUUGA